CUCUAUUUUAUUUUAAGGUCUCCGUUGUCGCGAGAUAUGUUCAUGCAACAAAUAUCAACAUACACAGAUAUUUUUGAGGUUUAGUUUAUACAACACUAAGUGAGUUUUAUCAAUGAGGAUAUUUUUGUGAAACGGUUUUUUAUUGUUUUUGUCAUCAAAGAAGAUCACUGAUGUUUAUUCAAAAUAAACUUGCCAGCUCGCCAAAGUUUGACACUGAUUUUAAUUUAUACAAAUAACAAUGACUAUACGCUCGUAUAAACACACUUGAAUGAUUUACCAUAGAGCGACUGAACGUUCCUUUUACUUAAAGUUUUUUAAUGUCUGUUAUUAAACUAAGAAUGAAUGACAACAUUAUUAAAGUAUUUAUUGUAUUGGGGAGUCAUUUUGGUCAUAUUCUUUCAAUUGGAAUGAGUAUUACAUUUGGUAUUCUAUACAGUGAAAUACGAAAUGAUUUUAAAACUUCACAUUAUGAAGCGGCCUGGAUAGCCUCGAUAUUUAACGGAUUAACUCAAAUCAUUGGUUUACCAUUAGGUCCUAUACUUGUAAAGGUACAAGAACGUUGGCUCACAGUUGUGGGAACUUUACUUCUUGUUGUCGGAAUGAUAACGAGUAGUUUUGCCUCCGCAAUCACUACUCUUUAUAUAACAUAUGGACUUAUCAGUGGACUUGGUGCUGGAAUCAUUCACUACUGCUCAAAUACUAUUGUAGUUCGUAAGUUCAGUGUAGAAAUGUGCCCUCUUGCGCUAACCAUAGCAAAUUCUGGUUCCGCCAUUGGCUCUUUAAUUUUACCACCGAUACUUACGGUCUGUAUUCAACAGUACGACUGGAAGAUCGCAUUUAUUGUUCUAGGCGGUAUAAGCUCUACCGGUUUUUUUGCUGCAGCUACAUUCGUUUCUUCUAACAAUAAUAACAACGAUGACGAUAGUGAUAAUGUUGAAGUAAGAAAAACUAUGAUAGGAAUUUUGAAAAAUGUCAAGUUCAUGAUCUUCUUCGUUUCGAAUGGUAUAGCCACUACAGCUUUGUUUGGCCCUUCAACAUUUCUCCCAGACUUAAUGCAAGAUAAAGGAAUAAGCAGUAAAGAAACUGCCGUUUGCAUCAUUGUUAUAGGCGUAGGUAAUCUUUUUGGGCGCCUUCUUUGUGGGGCCUUUGCAUCAAAAUUCAACAAUCAAGUUGUAUGGAUUUUUGGAAUUUCACUGCUUGGAUAUGGUGUUACAUCUACUGCUAUGAUUUUGGCAAAGUCGUUGCAUAUAUUUAUGGUAUUGUCGGUACUUGUGGGACUUUUUUCAGGGGGCUAUUUUGGAUUGUUUACUGCCGUUGUUUCCUACUAUCUUGGAAAGAAGCAGCUCCCAAUAGGAUAUGGAAUGAUUUCUGCGACGACAGGAAUAUCACUCACAGCUGAAAUGCCACUAGCUGGUUUUGUAUCCGAUUCGUAUGGCAAUGAGGACGGGUCAUUUGUAUUUGGAGGGUGUAUGAUGUUCUUUGCGGCAAUGAUGGUGUUUGUCAACUUGGUCGUCGACUUCCGUAGACGGGGAACAUGCGCUAGACAGACUGGCGAUGAGAAAUGCAAUGAACAAAAUGAAUAUACAGAAACAACACAUUUAUAAUAUAUUUCUUUCAUAAUGUUUUGACUUAUCCAUAUGAGCCGC